UGCGUUUGUUCUAUCUAUACACUGUUUUGUUUUGAAUUUAUUCACAUAAGUAGAGGGUGAAAUGAAAGUAAUGAUUAUCAGUAAUGUGUUUUACAUACUGUGUAGUUAAUAUAAUGUUUUGUUUGUGUUGGAAUGGAUAACAAUGUCCCUAUUAUUUAUGCUGUUGGUGUUUAUAUGCAAUAAUUUUUUUACUCACAUGAACUUAGAGGUUGAAAUGUGAUGCUAAACUAGGUAUUAUGCCAUUAAUUAGUUGCUGUUUGGUUCAACUGUUUAAGGUAUUGAUAUAUCAUUAAUGGAUCUCAGUACCUCUCGAGGGAUUAGUCCUGGCUCCCGGCCGGGGAUACCAGGAUACCCUGGGUUCAAGUUUUAAAGUUUUGGCUAAUUUAUACAAAGAAAAAUACACCCAAAAAGUCCUGACCAGAGUGCUGGCAGGAGAUUCAGGGAUAAGAAAGAUAACGUGGAACCUGAAGCAGACCCAGAAAGGGAUCAGAGAACUGUUUUUGCCUACCAGAUGCCUUUAAAAGCAACCGAGAGAGAUGUAUAUGAGUUCUUCUCAAAAGCUGGCAAGGUGAGAGAUGUCCGUCUAAUCAUGGAUCGGAACUCAAGACGAUCUAAAGGAGUCGGGUAUAUUGAAUUUUAUGAUGCAAUGUCAGUGCCAAUGGCAAUUGCUAUCUCCGGCCAACUACUUCUUGGGCAACCUGUAAUGGUGAAACCUUCUGAAGCUGAAAAAAAUCUUGUUCAGUCUAAUGCUUCCAGUGGAGCUGCUGGUGUAGUAGGACCAUAUGGAGCAGUGGACAGAAAAUUGUAUGUGGGGAAUCUUCAUUUCAACAUGACCGAGGCUAAUCUCCGAGAGAUUUUUGAGCCAUUUGGUCAGAUUGAGGUUGUACAACUACCUCUUGACAUGGAGACAGGACACUGCAAGGGUUUUGGGUUUGUUCAGUUUGCCCAUCUUGAACAUGCCAAGGCAGCUCAGAGUUUAAAUGGAAAAUUGGAGAUUGCUGGCAGGACUAUAAAGGUUUCAUCUGUUACAGAUCAUGUUGGAAGUCAAGAUACAACUGCAAAAUCCGCAGACUUUGAUGACGAUGAAGGUGGAUUGACUUUAAAUGCCCACUCAAGAGCACUGCUUAUGCAAAGGUUGGCUGGUGCUGACAUUCCCACAAGCAUUGGUGUGCCAAUUGUGAAUGGGUCAGUUCCUGUUCAGCAGGCUUUUAGCAUGCCUAUUGGUAAUCCAGGUGUUAUACCUGCCUCCGGUCUACCAACACAAGUUAUGCCUACCCCUGUGGUAGAACCAGUAGGAAUCCCCAGCGAGUGUUUAUUAUUGAAGAAUAUGUUUGAUCCAAGCACCGAGACUGAACCAGAUUUUGAUAUAGACAUUAAAGAGGAUGUAGAGGAAGAGUGUUCGAAGUAUGGCCGAGUGAAGCAUAUUUAUGUUGACAAAAGAAGUGCAGGUUUUGUGUACUUGCAGUUUGACACAGUGGAAGCAUCAAGUGCUGCGCAACGGGCAAUGCACAUGAGAUGGUUUGCACGCAGGUUGAUUACAGCUAUCUUCAUGGAACCACAUUUAUAUGAAGCUAAGUUUAACGGGGAAUCUUGAAGAUGUGUACGGGCUUCUCAAAAGAUACAAGGAGUGCAGUUUUGUGGCUUAGUUUUUAUAAAUCAUGUUCUGGUUUAUAGAUUUUGAUUCAAAAAUUAUUUUAGAAGUAUGAUUACAGAAAUUGUAAUGUCCAGACGACGGUGAUACUUUUGGUCCCAUUUUUAUUUUGUAUGUUGAUAUAUUUAACAUAUUUACCAAUGGUGCCUUUCUAUUUCA